AAAAAGGCACAGCUUUUUUAUAUUUUACAUGAACAAUAAAUGUGCUGCGGGGUUGUGCAAAGUUCAACUAUAGUUUUUUGUUUCACAAAAGUAUAACAAAACGGAAGAGAGCAAUCAUCAGACAUUAUUGCUCCUGGCGUAGGAGUGCGUGCGUAGAGCGGAGUGCAGUGUAGUGCUGUGUGGAUGCGCGCACAACAAAAUAUAAAUAAGAAGGAAGGCAGACUCCGCACAGCAGCCCAAGCCCCCAGCCGCCCCAUUCGUCGUCAAUGUCAGUGAAGUUGAUAAAAAGCGAAGUAAAAGGUCUUAAUUGCUGCUGCAGUCAAUAAAUCAUCAAACGAAAAUAUGGAAGCAUCUCAGGAAUCCAGUGCGUAAAAUUAGAAUCACAGGCAGGGCAGCGGAAGAUACAAAAUAGCCAGAGAAGCAUACACACGUAUAAAUACACACAUCACAUCGUAAACUCGCUCCAGAACGAUGGAGAGCGAGCUCCCAGUGCUCCCCACUUCCUGCACAACAUAUGCCAGAGUCGGGAACAACAAGACAUGCUCCUGGGGAUGCUGUGGAGGCGCCCACAGAGAGUAGUCGCCAGCGCUAACUCCCAUACACUCUCUACUCGGUCUCUCUCUUUCGUUUGCGCUCUCGCGAUGAUAUGAGCACCCCGAUGGAAUGGUAUUUCCUAUAGUUAUACCGCUACAACGAGCCACAGCCACUUCGGCGUUUAUUUCGAUUCGGACCGUUAGCGCAGUCGGGUCGUCGUUCGUUGGCUCGUCACCAGAGUUCCUGUUUUGCGUGUUUCGGUCGUGUGCAUCGUAUUGAAAUUCGAACGCUAUAAAGCUGGGAGCAUGAUAUUACGAAUCCAGAUGCGGGAUAGAGUAUUAAUUGCUACUGCAAGAACGAGAACAAGUGCAUAAAGAUACCUGAACUGGACGUGUGUGAUUUCAAAACAACAACAACAACAAAAACAACGUAGAUGGGAUGAUUUUGAUGUUGGAGUGAUAUUGUGCAAGGAGGCAAGACACCAACGGGAUGUUCGCCCGUUGUCUGUGUGUGUCUGUGUGCGAGUGCCGAGUUUAAUGAAUGUGCAGAUAGCACAUGUGUAUGUGAGGGCUGAUGAAAAAUAUGAAAUACUGACGUCCUGGGGACAACGUACGCAGGCCUAACAAACAAAAAACUAAGAGACUAAAGUGAAAGGCGAUAAGGUUACAGAUGUCCUGAGCACACACAAGGUACGCCCGGCUCGCAAGGAAACGAUAGGACACUCAGGGAGGGGACAGGACAGAACAGAACGGGACGGGACGGGACAGGAUUGUAACUGGAUCCGGAUACAUGCGCGCCUCCAAGAAGGCCCGCUCCUUUGGUCGCCCUGCAGCUCACAACCACCAGCCACCAGCAGCAGCCACGAAAGGACGACAACGUAUCCCAUUUACCACGUCAACAAUGCAAGUGUGCAGCUAAUGCUAAUGCCUGCAGCUAUCUCACCAAAGCAGAAGCAGAAGCAGCAACAGCAACAGCAACAGCCACAACUACUGCCACAGAGGCCUGGGCAGGUGCAACAGUCGCACAGGAAACGCAGGACAAAGGCAACCUGUGCGUGGCACUCAGGGAAACGUACAAACUGACAGCGAAGCAGCGAAACCUAAGCAGCGAGCAUGACGUCGUCGUCGGUGAUUAAUAAAGCCGGAAAUGUGAUUAUACUCAUAGUGAACCUUCAGCUAGCAUGGCUAGUGUUGGCCGUGGCAGGCAGGGAGCUGCCACAGGUGGACUACGGCAGCAUGUCCGACUCCAUGGAGGAAGCUGGCAUCGACCCACUGACUGCCUUGGCGCCCUUCGCCAAUGCACUGGUCACCGAGGACAGUGCCCCACAGAGAACCAAUAUUGAGUUGCUCAGCAAUAGCAGCGAGGACGAGAAUGGCCGGAUGGGACUGGGCUCCGCCUCGGCAGGGGCUGGAGGCACGCUCCUGGAGGAGUUCAACGGCGGCAAACUCAGUGCCGCCGAAGGCAGCAAUACGCUGCCCAUUUUCCUCAGCGAGCCGGAGAGCGUGUUUGUGGUGAAGAAUCGGCCGGCCAUACUCAAGUGCAAGGCCUCCCACUCACUGCAGGUGAUCUUCAAGUGCAGUGGCAGCUCCCAGCCGCCGCCAUCGACGCACGACAAGCACGUGGAUCCACACACGGGCGUUCACAUGGAAGAGGUCACGGCCACCAUUCACCGCGAUCUGGUGGACGAGUACUUUGGCAAGGGGCCGUUCAAGUGCGAGUGCCACGCUUGGUCGUCCCGUGGCGUGGUCAAGAGUCAGGCCGCCACGGUGCAUAUUGCAUAUAUACGCAAGACCUUCGGCCAGUCGCCCACCUCGCUGCGCCUCGAGCUGGGUAGUCGGGCGGAACUGCACUGUGAGCCACCCGGCGGCUUUCCGGAGCCAAAGCUCUCCUGGUACAAGAGCAACGCGGCAAUAACCUCCGACAGCGAGCCGGGGCUGGCCGUGGCUGGCGGCACACUGACCUUCCGCCCGGUGGCGCUGCAACACAUGGCCAAUUACAGCUGCAGUGCGGAGAAUAUUGCGGGAAAGCGGGUCUCCGACUCCGCUGUGCUGAUUGUCUAUGUGAAUGGAGGCUGGAGCACCUGGAGCCCCUGGCGCGAGUGCAAGUGCGCGGGCAAGCCGAGCCAGGGACGUAAGCGGUCGCGCACUUGCACCAAUCCAAUGCCCUUAAAUGGGGGCGCCCAGUGUCCAGGGCCACAGAUACAGAAAUCUGCGGACUGCGCUGCCUGUCCAGAGGAUACUCAAAUCGUGAGCACUGAUGGAUUUGACAUUUCGUCGAGUAAGCGCAUGGCCCGUUGGUCCGCGUGGAGCGACUGGAGCAUCUGCUCCGCGGAGUGUAUACAAGUGCGUCGCAGAAAGUGCCUGACGCAGACAUCUGACGCCGAUGAAGCCGGGGAUCUACUGCUGACUGGAGUGGGCGUGGGCAUGGCGGCCCUCAGCAGCAUCAGCGGAAGCGCAGCCCUGCUGGAUGCUACUGCGACUGAUGGUGGCUCAGGAUAUGGCAAAUCAUUGUGCGCCGGAAAAGACACACAAACGGCCGAGUGCCGUGGCGAGCAGUGUCAUAUUGGCAAGGAUGAUUUCGAUUGGACACUUUAUCUGGGACUGGCCUUCAUAACCGCCGUUUGCUUUGCCUUCGGCGCUGCUCUCAUUUGCUGCGCCCGUCGCGGAAUGCGCGCCAAUCCCCACUACAACAUGGCCCGCUCAGUCAUGGAUGCGGAUUAUAUGCCCGGCGUUGUGGAGAAAAAGGAGAUGCGAAUGCACAUCGAGGCCAGCAAUUUGGGAUAUGAUUAUGUCAAUCCUGGACAUCGUUAUAUGCCCGGCGAGCAUAUUGUGGGCAUGGGCAUGGGCAUGGGCUGCGGCGGUGCAACAGAGCAUCACUACGAUGUACCCAACCUGGCGGCCAACUACACCAAUCCCAUUGACGAUCUGAGUGCGGACUAUUUGUCAGAAACGGGCGAGUCAUCCACUGCCGAUACAUCCAAUUCCACCUUCGAUAUGAACGCCAAGCUGUCCAUACUGAAUGCCUCGAAAAGCAGCAGCUACGAGCUGCUGGGCAGCACUGGCGGACAGCUGCGCCUGUACGGCGGGGAGCUGCUGCUCUUUGUGCCGGAGCAUGCGAUUGGCAAGAGCCUGAAGAAGCACGUCUCGCUGCAGCUGCUGAGCGAUGAGUGCAGCCGCGUGUCCUGUGCCACCGAGAGUUCCAUAUUGUGCAGCAGCGUGGUGCACAGUGCUCCGCGCAACUAUAGCUUUGUGAAGCCGGUGAUCCUGAAAAUACCGCACUGCCUGGUGGCUCCGGAGCAGUGGCAUGUGCACAUCUACCACGCAGACAGUGAGCACGACGAGCUGAACGUAAGCUGGCGGCGAGCUGUGUCAGUGGGCGAAGAGACCAUCAACACGCCCAUGUUCGUGCAGCUGGAGACGACGCAUGUGUACAUCAUGACGGAGCAACUGGGGCAUUUCGCCAUCGUGGCCGAGCCGCGCAUUCAGCAGCCGGCCAUCAAGAUGAAGUUGCUGGCCUUCAGCCAGCACACGCCGCCCAGCAGUGGCAACUGCAGUCUGCGCAUCUACGUGGUCAAGGACUUGCCCAACAGCAGGGACAUCUGUGCUAGUGUGGAGUGCAAGCUGGGCGGCAGCUUUCUGGGCGAGAGUCAGGUGUUUGCGUUCGAGCUGAACAGCCGCAAUCUGAACAUUCGCGUACGGUGCGCGGAAAUGGAGGCAGCCGCGCCCUAUGAGCAUGCCAUUCCCUACCAUCACAUCCUGAGCAACAACUCCAUACUGCACUGCGAGUUCAGCCUGCGACGGCAGGACCAGAGUACGCUGUGCGUGGACUUCGGCCAAGGUGGCAAGGAUGACUCGGACUACUGUACAUUCAACAUUCCAGCCCACUCGGUGAGCGGCUCUGCGGAAGAGCUGGCCUCCACCACAAACACAACGAUUUCCAUAGAUCGCCAGGGCAACUAUGUGAACGAGAGUUGCGUGAUGGACUUUGUCCAGCUGCCGCAUGUGACGAAGCGCCUGAUCUGUGCCGCGCUCGAUCCGCCGCGCGCCGACGAGCGCGACUGGCGUCUGCUGGCGAAGAAGCUGAACACGGAUCGGUAUAUUGCCUACUUUGCCACCAAGCCCUCGCCCACCGAGCAGAUACUCAAUCUGUGGGAGUGUCGAGCCAACAGCUGCGCCACCAACAGUUCCACCUCAGUUUCCCAUACGAUAAUGGCGCUCCUGCUGACGUUGAAGGAAAUGGGGCGACAGGACGUGCUGGACAUUAUUGUGGAAACGAUUGGUCCGCUGUGGAUCUAAAAACGCAUCGAAAGGAAUGCGACCAACUAGACGAUGGCACAAACUCUUCCUUAUUUCGCCAGGUUUCUCAACGAGAUUAACACACAAGAACUGAAUCGAAACGAAACGAAACGAACUAUCUAUGUAUCUGCAAUGUUUGUUAAUAUGAAAUCACUGUGAAUCGAAUGGUGAGGGGUAGGGGGAGCGUUCUGUUGAAAACAAAAAAAAAAAUGUUCAUGAGUUGCCUUUUAUUUAAAAAAUGUACGAACGAAGCAAACAAAACGAAAUCAGAAAACAUGAAUCGAAAUUAAUAAAUACUGAAUCAAAGUGUAGCUGUAGUCAUAGUCAUAGUCAUAGUUAUAGUUAUAUAGUAGUCACUAAGUUACGAGUAUUGUAGUGUUGUAUUUAUUCUAAGGUAACUGCUCAACGAACUCUGUUCCCCACGGGUGCCAUGCAUUUACAUACAUACAUACAUACAUACAUAUAUACACACAUGAAUAUAUACUAAAAGAUGAAAAUAUAUUGUAGAGAUAAAUUACUUGUGGCUUAGCAAACUUAUAGUUUUAAACAUAAACUCUAGUAUUACGAUGAAAACUAUGUACGAUAGCAACUGUAAGAUAUAUACACAUAUAUACAUAUAUGGCAGUAACGACUAAACUGAUGGCCAUUCAGGAGACAUUCAGGGUCUGGCCCUAUCCGUAUAUAUAGACAGCCUCCCAUAUGAAUUGAUGAAUGUUGGGAGUUGUGAACUGUUUGCCAAAUCGUUGAUUUUCUCAGCCUGCUCGAUUAACGUAUAGUCACUAUUGGAUGAACAGAAUUAAGUAAUCAAAACGAAGCCAUAACAUACAUUUACCUACGCAUAUAUAGCGAGUAUAUAUACAUUUAUAUAUAGAAACAAAACGAGUAGUUUGUUAGACAUGCUCAAGUGAUAACCAUUGUAUUUGUCUUUAGCUAUAAGUCCUGUCGAUCCUGUCGUUUAAUCGUUAAUCAAGUAAACAUUAACUGAACAUUUACGUAUUGUAUACCUAGUGGCUCAAAAAAAAAGUUAGAUAAAAA